UUCGUGUCGCAAUCACACUUGUCUUCUUCGAUAUAAACUAGCGCAGAUUUCCCUUUGUCAGAAUCGGAUUGGAGGCCCAAGCAAUACAUUCACUCGUCGUUUGGCAGCCGCGGUUCAUGCAAAGAACCUCUUCUCACCUCGUCAAAGAAAUUUGAAUUUCAUUCAGAGAAUGGCCAGUAUGCAGGUAGUAGGCAGUAGUAGUAGUACAGUCCAGUUGUCCGCGCACGGAACAGCGCAACACAGCUCAGAGCUAUCAUCAGAGCCUGAACAGCUUGAUCUGAGCAUUCCAACGGACGCCUGGUCGCCAGAAGCUCGCCGUGUGUAUGAUCAACUGUGCACAGAACUCACUACUGAGAAUGGUUGGCAGAAACGCCCAUAUUUGGUGGACAUGGCGCAGUCGUUGGACGAGCCCCGUUUGCUGACGCGGUGCGAUCGCGAGCAGACGGGCCGCUUCUUCAACUACGCAUUCUGGAUCAACCAACGCGAGGAGAAGCUGCGCGGCGUCGUCGAGUUCGGCCCCUACGCGCAGGGCCCGCCGAGUUGCGCCCAUGGCGGCGCCACGGCGACCAUUGCGGACGCGUGCAUGGGCAGUGUGGUGUGGCACACGGGACGGAAGGCCGUCACCGCCAACCUGAACGUCAACUACAAGAACCUGGUGCAGCUCGGCGUGCCGCACAUCAUGGAGGCGGCUCUGGACAAGGAGGACGGCCGAAAGCUGUUCCUCACGUUCAGCCUGACGAACGCCGAGCAUUCUCAGCUGUGCUCGACAUCAACCGCGCUGUUUCUGAUGCCGCGUUCGAAGCCGAAAGAAGAGGACUCCACGCCCGACGCCAAGCGUGCCCCGUCUUCCGAUUACGUCUUCCCCGCACCCGGUAUUGAGCCGAAGUUAUGAGUUAGUGUUCUAACUCACCCACAUCCACACCGUCGUAGCCAGGGAGUAGUAAAAUACCGGUAUAUUACUACUCCCUGAUCGUAACUGUAUGCAAUAACGUGGCCAAAACAUGUCCGGCCGGAGUCUGGUAUUGUAUGUCUCAUGGCAUAAAAAAAAGUCCGGAAACUGAUCCAUGAUGCCAUUCAUCGGUCCACUAUGUCAUACGUCGUUCCGGUAAUUUUGUCAUUCUGCUUCAACGUAGGCAGUGGUUCGCCUGGUUAUCCAUCUAUGUUAAUCGACACCUUGUUGAUAAAAAGACUCCAUCGAGUUGUCCUCCAGCAGAGGUUCACGCGCUCAGACCGCCUUGCAACCAGCCGUGCAAUGCACGUGAGGUGCCCCCGACCGGUGGAUUCCAGCUGCAGGCACAGAUGCGGAUAUGGUCGGUAUAUUUUUAUUUUACUUCGCGAGAAUGAACAGGUAUUGCUGCCUUCUUGCAUGGACAAGCGAAUUGUCCAAGCUCUCGCAUCAUGACAAUAAUAUGACUACACUGCUCGCAUACGUGCUCAACCCGGAACGAGUGCUGAGUUGAUUGUUGCGUCCGCUUGUAAUUAUCGCCUCUAGCGCCACUUGAUUCUUUCUAAGACGGGGACUUCUCUAGUCUGCGCGGCAUUGCGUGCUGCUUGUACUGUAUCGAUGUACAGGAACUCGCGGGCGAGUUAUAAACGGCCAUCACAAUGACCCUGUGUGUGUUUUUUUUAAUACUGAAAAUGAGCGAUUGGCUAAACAAUGCCUGCGGCCCCUAUGGCCCGUGGGAGUUUGGACAUUAGCACUAGUAUGUUUUACCACCGAGCUGGUCUCUUGCUGAAUUUACCUAGCCCGUCUAUUUAUUUCUAUCCUAUUUAUGGCAAGUCCCCAGGGGUGCAGCAGCUAGUUUCUCAUCGACUUGCUUUGUAUUUAUUUGGAAAGGAUGCAGACAUUAUAAUAAUUAUGGUCUCUCUCUCUCUCUCUCUCUCUCUCUCUCUCUCUCUCUCUCUCUCUCUCUCUCUCUCUCUCCACACCCUAGCCUGAAAACCACUUUUCAUGUCCCGUG